AUCCGGGACACCGUCGUUCCGUCGCAGCAGCUCGGACGAUUCGCUGAGGAACAGAGAGGGCGCCAACCGAGCGUUAGCCUCGCACAAAUAUCGACUUUAUAGCGGAGGAGCCUCCAGAAAACGCCAUUUUCCACCUGUCGUUGAGAUAAAAGGCUGACCGAUGGGUGACAGUGACGACGAGUAUGACCGCCGGCGGAGAGACAAGUUCCGCCGGGAGCGGAGCGACUACGACCGCUCCAGAGAGAGGGAGGAACGACGGAGGGAUGACUGGAAUGACAGGCGCCCUUCUGCCAGGGAAUGGGAGAGGGGGCGUGAACGCCGAAGCCGAGCAGAGUACCGGGACUAUGAUCGCGGUCGCCGAGAAAGGUUCUCCCCACCCAGGCACGAUAUGAGUCCCCAACAGAAACGCAUGAGGCGUGACUGGGAUGACCACGGAGGUGAUCCCUACCAUGGUGGUUAUGACCUGCCAUAUGGAGGGGGUGGAGGUCCCAGCUAUGCUCCUCCGCAGCCCUGGGGCCAUCCUGACAUGCAUCUCAUGCAGCAGCACCAUGGCAUCCCCAUACAGGCCAGACUAGGGCAACCAGGAAACAUCCAUGACAUGGACCUGGGUCCUCCACCACCAGUCAUGAAGAACUUCAAAGAGUUCCUGCUGUCGUUGGAUGACUCUGUGGAUGAGACAGAGGCUGUGAAGCGCUACAAUGAGUACAAGCUGGACUUCCGCCGGCAGCAAAUGCAGGACUUCUUUCUGGCCCACAAAGACGAGGAGUGGUUCCGUUCCAAAUAUCACCCAGAUGAGGCUGGCCGUCGGAAGGCCGAGGCUCAUGCUGCGCUGCAGAAUCGCUUGAACGUCUUCAUAUACCUGAUGGAGAAUAGCUGGUUUGACAACAUCUCCUUAGACAUUGAGCGAGCCCCAGCCAUCAUUAAGAUCCUGGAUGCAGCGGUCAUAAAAAUGGAGGGUGGGACGGAUAACGACCUGCGUAUCUUGGAGCAGCCCACGGAGGAAGAGGAAGACAGAGAGAGGGCUGCGGCUGCUGGAGGCAGUGCAGAGCCUCAGAAGAGGGAGGAGCCUAAGGGAGGGAAUGGCGAUCGCAAACCUUCUGCAGAGAAAGAAGAUAAAGAGAAGGGAGAGGCCGCAGUGAGUGGUGCGGAAGACAAACAAAAGGGUGCUGGAGCUGGCACAGGAGAGGCUGCAGAUGAGGAGAAGGGGGAGAAUGCUCCUGCAAAAGAUGAACCAUCAGAGACCAAAAAGUUGAGUAAGAAGAGGAAGAGGAAGCACAGCGGUGACAGUGAUGAUGAGCCCAGUGCUUCAGAGACUGAAUCUGAGUCGGAUUCUGAUUCCAAUUCCCGGUCCUCUGACAAGCCAGCUGAUAGGGAAGAGGGCGAGGAGGAGGAGGAAGGCGAGGAUGGAAAGGAACAUAAAAAGGAGAAGCUGAAAGAGCGUGAGAAGGAGCGUGAAGAGAAGAAGCCCAAGGAGGAGAUGCAGCCACGACCACGCCCCCUGCACAGGACCUGCUCUCUGUUCAUGAGGAGUAUUGCUCCCACCAUCUCCAAGGCUGAGAUUGUGGCGCUGUGCCGGCGAUAUCCAGGGUUUAUGCGUGUAGCGUUGUCCGACCCCCAGCCUGAGCGCAGGUUUUUUCGCCGUUGCUGGGUGACAUUUGACCGCAGUGUGAAUAUCAAGGAGGUCUGCUGGAACCUGCAGAACAUCCGGCUGCGGGACUGUGAACUGGCUCCGGGUGUUAACCGUGACCUGGCACGCAGGGUGCGCAAUGUGAAUGGCAUUACGCAGCACCGGCAAGUCCUCCGCAAUGACAUCAAGCUGUCUGCAAAGCUGAUCCACGCGCUGGAUGAGCGAGAGCGACUCUGGAGCCAGCGGCAACGAAGUGUUGGUCUAGAGCUCCCAGCCCAGAAUCCCAUUCUGAAGAACAUCACAGAUUACCUCAUUGAGGAGGUAAGCGCAGAGGAGGAGGAGCUUUUAGGAGGCACAGGGGGAAGUGAACCUGAGGAGGGGAACAAGGAGGGCAACCCUGCUGAGAUCACCGUGGAGAGGGAUGAGAAACUUGUCAAGGUUCUGGAUCGUUUGCUCUUAUACCUUCGUAUUGUCCACUCCAUCGACUACUACAAUUCCUGUGAGUACCCCAAUGAGGACGAGAUGCCCAACCGCUGCGGGAUCAUCCAUGUGCGAGGGCCCAUCCCACCCAAUCGAAUCACCCAUGGGGAAGUUGCAGAGUGGCAGAAGACCUUUGAGGAGAAGCUGACCCCCCUGUUUAGCGUGAAGGAGACUCUGUCAGAGGAAGAGGCCACCAAAAUGGGCCGCAAGGACCCCGAACAGGAAGUGGAGAAGUUUGUGUCAGCCAACACCCAGGAGCUGGGCAAGGACAAGUGGCUGUGCCCGCUCAGUGGGAAGAAAUUCAAGGGUCCAGAGUUUGUGCGCAAGCACAUUCUGAACAAGCAUGCAGACAAGAUCGAGGAGGUGAAGAAGGAGGUGGUUUUUUUCAACAACUUCCUCAUGGAUGCCAAGAGACCCGCCUUGCCUGAGAUGAAACCACCUCCUCCCCCUGGUCCAGCACAGGGUGUGCUUUCCCCUGGACUGCCCUUCCCCCACCAGGGACCACAGGGUCUCCUUGGCUUUGGUCAGCCCCGCCCACCCGUCCUUGGAUACGGUGGUGGUCCUCCAUACCCUCCCAAUCAAUAUGGAGGAGGCAGGGGCAACUACGACAACUUCCGUGGACAGGGAGGCUACCCUGGGAAGCCCCGUAACACCAGCUUGUCUCUUGCCUCCCUAGGAUGAUCCGUGGAGAUCCUCGAAAUAUCAUUGAAUACCGUGACCUGGAUGCUCCUGACGAUGUGGACUUCUUUUAAAAGCUCCCAUUUUACUUUCAUUUUAAUUUCUCACUUCCACAAAGCCCCUGCACCAGCCCACCUUAUAUAAUUAAUAUCACACUUUAAUCAUUUACUGGUCCUGUGAUAUGUUGUGUGAAUUAAAAGUAUUCU